CAAGUCAAAGCAAACAUGCAGAAAUUCACAUUAAACACGAGUCAUCAGGGACCGACUCACACUUUGACCCCGCCGUCAAUAACACCACCCCCUCACAGAGACACAGAGACAGAUACAGAGACGGGGACGGAGACGGAGAGACAGACUGAGGACGGACUCUUACGGUUCUGUUUGCUGCAGAUCUGGAUCAUGGUGGAACCGACUGUGAAACCAGCUGCUGUUCUGCUGCUGCUUCUGCUGCACGACUGUCUGGCAGAACAUGUCUUCCUGGACAGCCAGGUGGCGUCUCAGGUGUUGGUGAGGAACCCUCGGGCCAAUAAGCUGUUUGAGGAGCUGAAACCAGGUAACCUGGAGAGAGAGUGUGUGGAGGAAAUCUGCGACCACGAAGAAGCCAGAGAGGUUUUCGAACAGCCGGACAAAACAGAGGACUUCUGGGAGAAAUAUCAGGACUGUCAUGGAACUCAGCUACCGAGGACACAAGACAACAUCAACAUCAUCAGGCAGUGUACAGGAGGUCACUGUAUUUCCGGUAUAGGUGUGAAAUAUGAAGGAGAAAUCAACAUCACACAGUCAGGGAGACAGUGUCAAUACUGGACACACAGCUUCCCACAUCCCAUAAUAAGGUAACCAAGCAACAGCUUC